UUCUGAUUCUCUUAGCCAACGUUUCCUUUAUCUCGGACUGGAAAAUUAUCCUCGUCUCCUGUGGGAUAAAAUUCUAGAUUUCAAUUAUUGCUUGGGUGAAAAGGUGCCUCCAAAUUUCAUUCCCAAAUAUUCUGCCCCUUGAUUCAUCGGAAGCCAAAUACGUUCCUCUGUAUAGGUGCAAUAAAAUCCAUUAACAUUUAUAAAUCCUAAUUGGCUUCCUCUUUCAGAAUGAUUCCCAUCCCCAUCACAUCCCAAAGGUGGAGCUCACUGAUCUGGGACCUGCGUCCAUUCCAUUCCAUAUUUUACUUCUCCGUUCCAGUCUCCUGUUGGAAUUUGAUGGGGCUAAUGGCGUAAAAAGGUCCGCCCCAGUACUCCUCCUCAGGUGGCAUCAGACUCCCUGUAACGAGGAAAUCCCAGGACUCGAAGAAGGGCAAAUCAUGGAAGAAAGUUGGGAACCUUUGCAACCUUUACCGUUCCCCACUGGACCAAAGCCUUGCCCACUGCCCUUGCAUCGCAUUGUUAGCUCAGAAAUUCAUCAGGUUCAGACGCGUCAUCAAUCCUGAAAUGUCUGUUGCUGGGACACGGCAGUGACAAUGGCAGCUGAGCGGGGCGAAGAUCAGUGAUCCUCCUGGGAGUCGGAGAAAGGGGACGCGCUUCAUCCGACAGUUGCUGCAAUCCUUGGCAGCACCGUGGCCAACUUCUGCUCCGUACUUAAAUCCUGGAUCCAAACAAAAGAGUUCAGAUAAAUCUACCCACCUACAAUGCCCACUGAUCCUUGGGUUGGAACAUGGAGACCUCACCGCCCGAGAAUGGCGAUUGCAGCUAUGUACAGCGGCCCAGGUCCCAAGUACCUCCUGCCUGGACACACAGGUUAUAUUGGCCACGAUACAACAACAUACAGGGCUCCUGCUUAUUCCUUGGCCCAGCGUCUUUCAGGUUCAAAGGACAGUGGCACACCUGCACCAAAAAUGAUCCCAGAAAAGAUGACUCAUCAUGGGAAGGAGACUGUCCCUGCAUGGACAAUGGGUCACCGACCGAGAGACAUUGAUCCGAGUAAAACACCAGGACCAGCGAAUUACAAGAUAGAACAGGCAAGUAGAUUAGUUCACCGCUCUGUUCCAGCCUACUCCAUGGCUUUGCGGACAGUCGGGUUCAAGGGAAGUGACGGCCCAGGACCCGCACGAUACAAUGACGUGCAAGUAUUUGGGCCUAAAAUCCCACAUUUGAAAGCAGCACCUGCCUACUCCAUGUCACAGAAAACAGCAUUUGGAAGCAUGCUGAGUAACGUCGUAAAAACCCCAGGGCCAUGUGCAUAUAAACAUGUGGAAACUGAUGUAUUCAAAAACAGAGCACCCAAAUACACCAUUGUGGAACGCAAUACGAUUCCAGGAGACAUGACAUUGAAACCAGGACCUAAUCGUUACAGGACAGAAGAUGUGAAUGUGCAUAAAAACUAUCCCAAAUACACUUUUGGAAUCCAUCAUUCCGAUUACCUCGCACCUCUUAUUGUGACACCCACGGAUUGAGAGCCAACCACACAAUUCCUGGCACAAUCCUACCACCCUGUAUUGCUGAAAUUUCAAUUGUACUUUUUUUAAAAAAAACUUUCAUUUAAAUAUUUGAUUCUUUUUCAUCCUGUGUGUGUGAUGUAAAACCUGGAAGUUUUUUUUAUUAUGAGGUUGGUGGAGAAACUUAACCCCACCCUGCACCCCUCACAAAUGCCAUGCAGUUGUCUAUGCCCAAAGGUUGGAGAGAGUUAGAUUCCAAACUUAUUUACCCUUUAGCAACCCAAGCAGAAGUGCAGCUGUAACUACUACCUUACAUCCUUCAAACAUGGCAACUGAGGCUGCAUAACCAGCAGGCAGUAUGUUUUCACUGUUGGGAGGGAACAGACAAGUGGAUCCUCUGCAAUGAUUUGUUAUUUUGCUUUAGCCAUUGGGGACUUGUGUUGGGGAUUAUAAUAAAAAACACCUUUGGAGGAUGCAGUACAGGCUGCAGCAGUUUUGUGGUAUGGUGUUUUAAUUAUAUUUAUUUAGUCUUGCUGAUUCAGUAGUGAAGGUAGUCUCAGUAGGUGUAGCUGAUUGCCUCUGCUUCUCCCCAGCUGCUGGCACUAAAGAAGACAGGGGAGUAUUUGGUUUGAUUAGCUGAGCCAAACCAAAACACCACGCAAAAGAAAAUUUUCAUGGUUGUGUUUGGGAGUCAAAGGGGACUUAAAACUGGUGGAGGUCAGAAAGCAUUGCUUCAGUAUUUGAGACAGAAGACAGAUGGGUUUGCCCUGGUGGAGGGUCAACAAAAUUGUCUCAGUCUAUAGGGGGUGGGACCACUUAAGUGGUGGGAAGGUGAAAUGCUAAAGCUGAUAGGAGUUUACAAUAUUAGUCACUGAAAAUGUAUUGAGAUACCCCUCACUAGGCGUGUGUAUUAUGAGUAUAAUGAUCUGGGAUGUAUUGUGCUGAGAUCGAGUAAUUUGUGAUUAAGAAAAUCUAAAAUAGACACAGUGGGGGUGGGGCAACUUUUUCACAAAAUGUGGAAGAGAAGUGGGAUAAAGUUACAGUAGGAAAUAAUUACAUUUUACUUUUGUAUACAAGAAACUAAUAAAAUAGCAAUAUGUAUGUUAACAGAUUCAGGACUUAUGGAGUUAUAUGAAUAUAGCAGAUAUUAAUUCAAACAAGAAACAGUCUUCAGUUCUUGGUUGUAAAUUGCAAGGUGCAAUCAGUUUGAAGUUAAAAAGACAGUUUUGUAAACAAACAGUA